UUUAUUUUUCUUUUGCUCUCUUCGACGCCUCGGAUCUCCGAUCGCCGCAUCAAUGGCGAUCGGUAAGCUCCAGACGAAGAAGCCCGCCCCGAUCAAUCCCAAUCUCAACCCCAAUCCCAAUGCCACCUCAAAGGUCUGGCUCUUUUCCUUGCUGCUAACGAUGCAGUACGGUGCUCAGCCUCUCAUCUCCAAACGUUUCACCAGCCGGGAAGUUAUUGUGACUUCGUCAGUUUUAGCAUGUGAGUUGGUAAAGGUGAUUUGUGCCCUGUUUCUUUUGGCAAAAGAUGGAAGUCUGAGAAAGGUAUUCAAAGAAUGGACUUUGGUUGGCUCUUUAACUGCUUCAGGACUACCAGCAGCCAUCUAUGCCCUGCAAAACAGCUUGCUGCAGAUCUCAUAUAAAAAUCUUGAUUCACUCACAUUCUCAAUGCUGAACCAGACAAAACUCUUUUUCACAGCAUUUUUCACUUAUAUGAUAUUAAGACAGAAGCAGUCCAUUCAACAAAUUGGGGCUCUAUUUAUAUUGAUCAUUGCUGCUGUCCUUCUAAGCGUCGGCGAAGGAUCUAGUAAAGCAUCUAGUGCUAAGAACCCUGAUGAAAUAUUAUUCUAUGGAAUUGUUCCCGUGCUGGUGGCUUCUGUACUCUCUGGCCUGGCCUCUGCACUGUGUCAGUGGGCUUCUCAAGUUAAGAAACACGCAUCUUACUUGAUGACUGUGGAGAUGUCCAUAAUUGGGAGCCUUUGCUUACUAGCCAGUGCUUACAAGUCUCCAGAUGGUUUGGCUAUCAGAGAGCUUGGCUUCUUUCAUGGGUGGACUACAUGGACAUGGAUUCCUGUCAUACUCAAUGCUGUCGGUGGAAUUCUUGUCGGUCUUCUGACAACGUAUGCUGGUGGCGUUCGGAAGGGUUUUGUCAUUGUUUCCGCGCUUCUUGUCACGGCUCUGCUUCAAUUUGUCUUUGAUGGUAUACCCCCGUCCCCAUUCUGUCUUGUGGCUCUCCCAUUGGUUGCCACUAGCAUAUCGAUAUACCAAAAGUACCCAUACCGUGUCAAAAAGAAAGAGUCAUAAGCUCCACAGCAGACUCUAUAACAUUAGGAGAGUCAGGGAACAGGCAACUAUACCUCGUUGGCUCGUUCGAUCUCAUGAAUGGAUGCCAGGCAUCAGUGCAGCGAGGAAUAUCGCUCACGUUUUCGAGGAGCUUGCUCAUUUACUCAUAGGACAAUAUACUGAAUAGGGCAUGUGUUAUGUGUGUACUAAUAUUGUCUGGUGUACCUACUGAUUUUUAUGUGUAUCUGUUAAAGGAGAAAAUUUAUGAGAAGUAGUUUCUUUAUAUUCAUCAA